AUCGAGUUGUCAGUGUUGUAGAGUUCUUAGAGUUGCUAGUGAGAGAGAGAGAGAGAGAGUGUUAGGUUCGUUGUGACGAGAGUUGCCAAAUAACUGUAAAGUUAUUUGAGAUAGAUACGAGUAUCGCAUUUAGUUUCAGUUAAACAAACAUCGUUUUCUGUCCAAUUAAUACCUGUAUAUUCAAUUCACUAUUAAUAAAUUACACUACAAAACAAUCAACAUCAACGAUCAAUGCAUAGUAUAUAAUUAAAGAACCCGCACACGACCAGUAAUAAUAUUAAUAUCACCAAAUAUGGACAAUGUUAUUGCUCAUGUGCGAUCGAUAUCAGAAGACUGAGACAGAAUAUUGACGAAAAUUUGAAUAUUUUGCCACGUAAACAUCAAUACUGGAUGUUUUACAUGUUGCAUGGAAUCUGGUCUUAGAGUAUACAAUGUAGAACCAUUAGUUGAAAAAGCACAUUUAGAUAAUGACAUAAUGGGAAGUAUAGCUAUUGCAGAGAUGCUUUGGAGAACAAAUAUCAUUGCCAUAGUAGGUGGUGGUACAAAACCAAAGUUUGCAGAAAAUACAGUACUUAUCUAUGAUGAUUUAUCGAAAAAGUUCGUAAUGGAAAUUACAUUUACCAGUCCUAUAAAAGCUAUACGAUUACGUAGGGACAAAAUGAUAGUGGCACUUCAGCGAGAAAUACAUGUUUUCUCAUUUCCUAUGCCAACACGAAGAUUGUUAACUUUAGAAACCAGAGAUAAUCCAAAAGGAUUAGUUGAAGUUGCUACAUUAGCUGCUGCACAAAAACAACUUCUUGCUUUUCCUGGUCAUAAACAGGGUAGUGUACAAUUGAUUGACCUUGGUGCUACAGAAGCUGGAAGUUCUAGUGCUCCUGCAACUCUAGCAGCACACCAGGGAGCACUGGCCUGUCUCGCAGUUAACAGUAGUGGAACAAUGAUAGCAACUGCUUCCACUCAAGGUACUUUAGUUAGAGUAUGGGAUAGUAUACGUAGACACUUAUUAGUGGAAUUGAGAAGAGGUGCUGACCCUGCAACACUUUAUUGCAUUACAUUUAGUAGAGAUUCGGAAUUUCUAUGUGCUUCCAGUGAUAAGGGAACUGUACAUAUAUUUGCAUUAAAAGACACACACUUGAAUCGUAGAUCGACUUUCUCAAAAAUGGGAUUUUUGGGAAAUUAUGUUGAAAGUCAAUGGGCAUUGGCUACAUUUACAGUACCACCAGAAUGUGCUUGUGUAUGUGCAUUUGGUACAAGAAGUUCUGUUAUAGCCAUUUGUGUGGACGGAACAUUUCAUAAAUAUGUCUUUACUGCCGACGGAAAUUGUAACCGUGAAGCAUUUGAUGUCUUCCUAGAUGUUUGUGAUCAUGAUGACUUUUAACACAAACUUUAUAUUGUAUUUAUAAGAUGAUAUGUCUAUAGAGAAGUUUCUAGUCAUUUCAAGUAAGAAACUUCUUGCAGCUGAUAUCUGUACAGUAAAAUAAUUAUAUUAAUAAUUAUAAGAAGAGUACAAAUCAUUACAUUUAUUGAUUUUUUAACAUAAUACACUAAAUGUUCUUCAAUCUAUUUUAUAUACACCAACAUCUUAGUGACAUAUGUCCAACUACAUAAUAAAAAUUAAUUUUGUACAAUAAAUGUCCUCUCUAA